ACACCAUAGCUGCGGUUGGCUGUUUUAGGAGCAUGCUCAGUGGGAUUAUGACCUUCAUUUUCUGCAUUGAACAGAGAUCCUGAACGAGAGGCAUACAGAAGUGCAUUAGAAGUACCUGUAAUAUGACUAGGUUCAGUUAGUUUAUUUAAGUAACGUUUAUAUCAUACAAACUCGGUAUUCCACCCCAAGAAACAUGGUAUCUGGUCGAACGAGAAGAAAAGCUUUUUAGUACCGAUCUUUUGGGAUUCAAAAAAGAAUUUGGCUUUGCCACAGAUUUGACAUACUGACACGAGUGGAAUGAUUGAGCAUCUGAUCAGUCAUGUCAAGAAAAAUGAAUAGAGAAACCCGAACAUUUCUUAUUUUAUUCUUAACCACCGUAAGUCUCUCAGCUGUGCUGACAUCUGUAGCUUCAUCACCGGAGUUGAACCGUACGCUCGAUGGCACCGGCAUGGAGUCUGGAUCGGUUCCUGUUGUUAUGUCAAGGAUCACUCAAAUCAUAGCCAGAGAAGGAAAUAAUGUCGUCAUAGACUGUAACGUUACCGGGGACCCCUUUCCACAUUUUCAGUGGUACAACUCGAACCGUAAAUUGUUGCACAUGGAUGAAGACGGAAAAUGGUUGAUUUUAGACAGUGGAGUGCUGAAUCUCACUAGUAUCACAUUCGACGACCGUGGCAAAUACACUUGCAUGGCUGCAAACAUCCAUGGCAGUGUGAACUACACAGUGACUCUGCGAGUGGUGUUCUCCAAAGGGGACAUGGGAAUCUACUAUGUGGUGAUCUGCCUUGUAGCCUUCACCAUUGUCAUGAUUCUCAACAUCACCCGUCUGUGUAUGAUGAGCAGCCACCUGAAGAAGACCGAGAAAGCCAUCAACGAUUUCUUCCGGACCGAAGGUGCUGAGAAGCUCCAGAAGGCCUUUGAGAUCGCAAAGCAGAUUCCAAUCAUCACCUCAGCCAAGACCUUGGAACUAGCCAAGGUGACACAGUUCAAGACAAUGGAGUUCGCCCGCUACAUCGAGGAGCUCGCCCGGAGCAUCCCGCUGCCACCUCUCAUUAUGAACUGCAGGACCUUCAUGGAGGAAAUUCUGGAGGUGGUGGGCAUUGAAGACCAGCGUCACACCUUUGUCAAGCAGGCUCAGGAGGGAGAGGAGGAAGGUGGCAAGGGUGGUGGGGCGGAUGUUUACACCAUCCCUAAUGCUUUAAAACGCAGCAAUUCUCCUUCUGGGGACUCGGAUGAUGGUUCAUUGCACGAACACCCACAGCACAUCGCCAUCAAGGUGUCGGUGCACCCGUUGUCUGCGAAGGACAGCAUGUCGGCUAUAGACACACAGUCUGAGAACUGCCUACAGAUGGAAACCAUAGAAGAUGAGACAGUACCAGAAUCGGAGCCGGAACUGCCUACUGCUGUGUUAGAGCCAUCUGAGAUGGAAACAGAAACAAAUAGCCAAGUAAUUUCCAAAAGCCAUGUAUAAUAUUUGAAAUCGAUAACAAAUAUCUAUGCAUUUCCAAAAAUGUAAGGCAAAAACAGAUGGGGUUAUUCUAAAAGCCUGAGUAUGCUUUCCCUG